AUGCAUCUCAAACUUUCUCUCGGAGCUCUCGUAGCUACCUCUAGCUUGUUGGUAUCGGCGGCUCCAGCAGCAGAGAGUCUAACCAAAGAUGUGAAUCUUCGAUUGAUUAAAACCUCUGAGUCUGAGGCUACUUGGAUUAGUGAGGAGGACAAGAUUACCAAAUAUGUUGCCAAAAACAUCAACUUCAUUGAUAUAACCGACAUCAAGGAUCCUGAAGUGCUAGCAAAUCUUAACGGCGAGAGUGAAGUCAGAUUGACAGCGGCCGCUGCCGCUGUUGUUUACCCUACCAGUCUUUCUCACACCGCAGAAGCCAAUACAGCGAUUGCCAAAAUCAAUCAGACCAACCAACAAGGAUGGUUAACAACUUUGACUGAGUUCUAUACCAGAUACUACAGAAGUGCAACUGGUACUCAAUCAUCCACUUACCUUUUCAACACGAUCACCACUAUUGCUGCUGCCAAUCCAGCCAUCAAAGUGACCAAAUUCACACACUCGUUCAACCAACCUUCUAUUAUUGCCAGAAUUCCUGGUACCUCUACCAACCUCGUGAUCAUUGGUGCUCAUCAAGAUUCCGUUGGAAGCACUUCAACAGGACGAUCUCCAGGCGCAGACGACAACGGAACCGGAAGCGUCACCAUCUUAGAAACCUUCCGAAUCCUAGCCUCCUCUAAAUUCGCACCAAAGAACACUCUCGAGUUCCACUGGUACGCCGGAGAAGAAGGCGGUCUCCUCGGUUCCGCAGGUAUCUUCGCCAACUACAAAAGCACAGCCAAAACCGUCCUCGCCAUGCUCAACCAGGACAUGACAGGUUACUCCCCCGCCGGAAAACCAGUGGUCUACACUGAUUACACCAAUGCCGCGCUUACCACUUAUCUCCGUCUCAUCGUCACCCAAUACACGGGUAUCACUCCAUUGACCAGCACAUGCGGCUACGGAUGCUCUGAUCACGCAAGUGCAACUUCAAAUGGAUUCCCAGCAGCCUUUGUUCAUGAGGAGAUCUUUGCGACUAGUAACCCGAAAAUUCAUAGUGCGAGUGAUACUCUCGCUAGUGUGAAUUGGUCGGCGGUUUUAAGACAUACCAAGCUCACCGUCGGUUUCGCAAUCGAGGCUUCUUACUUGUGA